GCGCUAGAACAGCUAUGAAUGUGUUAGUAUACGCCGACGUCCAAUCGCCUGAAAUCCACCAGACUAUCACAACGCUCAAACGUAUUCUUGUUCCGCAUUACACCGUUCAGCCAAUCUCGACUGACUCCUUGCUCACGCAACCCUGGCAGCCAUCCUGCGCGCUCUUCGUACUUACAGCCUCCCCGACUAGACACCAAGAGGCAACCUCGCUGACAGGAAAUGCAGCGGGAGUGGUGGAAAAGUAUGUGGAAUCUGGAGGAUCUGUGCUCGGAUUAGGGUAUGAUGUAGGAAAGAGUGGAUCAGCACCUGGAUUUGGAUCUGAUCUGAGUAUGCUGAGAGACGGCAAGCAAUUUAGGCUGCACGACAAAAAGUCGGGUAAUACUGUCUACCCUCGUUCGUUCUCUCCUUCAACUGAGACGCCUUCAACUCAUGUUCACAUCCUUGAAUCGGGAACUACGCUUGCACUCCCUGUGCAUUCUUCCUCUCCACAGCCUAACAGCGAAUCCGAAUUUGAAUCGGAGGUCACAAACCUCGAGAAUAUGUCCAAUCUCACUGUCCUUGCACGUUUCGAGCCAUCAAACGCGAUCGCUGGCCUUCAAAUGAGUAUUGGAAGCGGAAAAGCUGCAUUUUGGGCUGAAAGAGUUGAUUUACCUUCUACUAUAACGUCGCCGGAUGCUGCUUUUGUGUCUUCUGUCCCGUCCAACGGAUCUCAAGCUCAAGAGCAGAUUCGUCCGUUACUUCCUGCUCUUACUCAUGCUCUCCAAUCCCUCGGAAUACUCGUCCCCGCUUCAGACGUGCAUCCUUCCAAUGCAUCCAAACCAGCAACGAUAACUUCAAAACCCACGUUAUCACACCCUCUUCCCCAGUUUCUUUUCUCGCGUCCGAAGGAACCUGAAAUAGUCCAAGAUUUCAUCAGAGCACUUUUCCCUGCGUCUCACUCUACUACAGGUAAAUCCCCGCAGGUGUUAGAAGACACGGAUGAUACGUUCUACUUCCACAUGGCUGAAAAAGGUGAGAAAAUAUGGCUGAUGUUCACCUCAGCCCCCCUUCGAACUAAGCACAUCAUCCUUUCUCUCCCCCCUUCCAGUUACACCCCUCUCUUCGAUUCUAGUGUCUUCUUUGAGGCACUACAGGACGCAAGGGUGGAAGUAAAUGCUCUCGAUGAUAAUACUCCUGACAACGGCUGGAGCUUGGGUGACCUGCUCCUCUAUGGUCCCCUCGUUACGAGUACGCAGACGAUGUUCGACAAAAACCCUCGCUUUCUCUCCGGGCACCCUGUCCCUCUCCUUUCCAUUGCCUCCUAUCAGCUUCAGGGGAGAGGUCGUGGUAAAAACGAAUGGGUAUCUCCUGGGGGCUGUCUGAUGAUGAGCUUUUCUUUGCGGGCUGCCUUGGGCCCUCAGUUUGGUGCUAAUCGUUUGGUAUUUGUUCAAUACCUGGCGGCGCUUGCCGUCGUUGAGGGCGUUCGUGCGGUCUUUAAGGCGCUAGGAAGCGGGACCAGUAGUACUGCCUCCAGUGCUCGUUUAUCCAGUGGACUGGCGGAUAAGGUGAAAAUAAAGUGGCCAAAUGAUAUUUAUGUCGAACUCGAUACCGAGAAAGGAGUGGAGAGGAAGAAGAUUGGGGGCGUUCUUGUGAAUUCAAGUUUCGGAGGUGGGAAAGUAGAUAUUGUUGUCGGGAUUGGCCUGAAUGUUCUUUCCCUUCCUCCCCUUGCCUCCAUUGCACAGCUGUUACCACCCGAUUUAAGGCCAGACAAGGUGCACACAGCCGCCUCGAUCAUUGCUACUUUCGACGUGAUGUGGACCGACUUUUUGAAUAAUGGAGGCUCGUUCGAUCCGUUUAUGGAACUUUACUUGAAGAGGUGGAUGCAUUCCGACCAAAUUGUCACACUGACGACAACUACUCCGCCUACGAUUGUCCGUAUUGUUGGAAUCACUCCUGAUCACGGGCUUCUAAGGACCAUUCCGGAGCGGGUAGGGUUUGGUCUAGGUUCUGGAGGAGGGGAGUCAGAAGGAGGGAGAUAUAUCGACCUCCAGCCCGACGGGAAUAGUUUCGAUCUAAUGGCGGGUAUGAUACGCGUCAAGGCUUAGCAGCACCUUUUUAAGUUCCGGGAGUUCAAUUUCAAAGGCAAGCUGGAUGACUUUGAACUCAUGUACUAAAUGCAAACACGACUUAUUGCCUUCACAUCUUACACGAGAUGGCUUUUGGUUUUGGUCAGAAUCAGUCUAUUGUGUUGGCUCAUUAUCCAGCUCUCACUGGGGUGACAGGUAAAAUAAUAAUGGCUCUGUAGAGCUACUGCAU